UAAGAUAACUGGCAUCUAAAUUUGUUUAUAGUGUCAACUUGUAAAAUUAACAACACAAAAUUUCAGUAUUUUUCUCUUUCGCAUUGUUUUCGGGUUUUGGUUUAUGGUUGGACCAUCAACAUGGGUUUUCCCAUUCGCAUUGUGAAUUGUUUACUGCUGAUUGUAACGGCGAUUUUAGAAAUCAUUGGUUUGGUCUUUCUCAUCCUAUUGUUGUCCUCGCAUUGUGUCCUGGGCGGCGAAUAUGGGAUAUCGGUUUGGCUGUACAUAUACUUUUUACCGGGCAUAACAAUCCAGUCGCUGGUCUUGGCCAUCUUUCGAUUGUGCUGCAACACUGUGGGACUCGAUCCAAUUGCGCUAGCAUUUAAUUUCGCCAGCGGCAUUGUUUGCCUAAUCACCGCACUAGUUUUGCUCGUGGCCAUGAUUGAUCAUUGCGGAAAUGAGUUUGCGUACAUGUUCUAUGUGUCGGGCGCUUGUGGGUUGGUGGCUGGCUUGUUGCAUUUGCUGAAUGCCUGCUUGUGCAACAUAUACAUGCCCAACAGCGAAUGGAGAUAUCUCAAACCUUCUAAAUACUCAAGGUCUAAUGCUGAGCAGGAAUCUUUUAUGUAGAACGGAUUACGGAUUCCAAUUAAAAUUCCUUCUCACAUUCCACUUCAUAUUUUAUAAUACAUGUAUAUUGUAAUUGUAUUUUGGUAUAUUUGCAAAAAUGCAAUUAAUUCAGGUCAAAUCUUUGUCUGUCUCUGUA